AUGAAGUGUAGCGCAGGCGCCAAGAAAUUGUUGGCUUUACGGACGCCACUCGUGGUGUUAAUGCAGCCUGCGGCCGAGGUGGCGCAGAACCGGCCCUCGGUGAUACGGCACACGAGCACGAUACAGCCGGCUACCCCACCACUUGUCCGAAGGGAUCACCCGUAUGCACUGCCCGAGUCUCCGGCAGCACGACGCGGAAUGUGGCCGCCAAAAGUCACCGACCCGUUCGCGCCGCUGGAAACAUACGUCGUGCCGGACUCGCCCGAGAUGAUGGAACAGGACAUAGAGGAGGGCACGGCCGAACAGCCGGACUUGCUUGUGCCUGCACCGUGGGCUGCGCACUCUGUACGCGAACCGCAGGGGUCGGACCCGCUGGUAUCGGACCCGUUGGAGACCUGCGUAAUACCGAAUUGGCUUCAGCCCCCAGAGAUGCGGGAAAACGCUGCGAUGGACACCUACGUGAUGCCGGAUUUGGACCCCCCAGAGAUGGGCCAGCCAGAGAUGGGGGAAAACGCAGCGAUGGAAGUGGAAGAAGCCGUCACCCUGUCUCUUUUUGCGGCCCCGUUGGGUCCAGAGGAAGCAGCGAACCGGCAAGAAGCAGCGAGCGGGAACGAAGAGGCAGGCACCGCGUUACCGAGCUGUUCUGUGGUCCUCACACGUUUGGUGCUGCCGACACAGCGGGUCCCGGCUGAAGAGUCGGAGGGCGGUUUGACGGCAGCUGCGAUGGCGGCAUGUGAGGUGUCCGAAGGGAGUACGGUGUUGGCACUGGAUGAAGGGGAAAAGACGAGGUUGGUGACGUUGGCGGCUCGGGUUGUGGCUCGUACUCCGAAGCUGGCGGGCGCAAUGACGCUGGACUUUACGAGUUGCGGGUGGCGGUGGUACAAGGUGGCGCGAAUGAUGCGAAAUGAAUUGGAGAACGAUUCUGGGAAGUGGCGUUUCGCGACAGUGGUCGCUGAAGCACGGGGGGUGGCGAGGAAGCGGGAGGCCGCGUGUUUUUCGGACGUGUGGUUCUUGGCGUGUUUCCUGGAGGCGUGUCCGUUGACCUGUCGACUCCAUUUCUGGUUGCCAAAGCGGGUCUUGGAGCCUGGCUGGACCUCGCAGGAACGCCUUUACUGCCCGGCCACCGAGUCUGCGUGGCUGGCGGAGAAGCUGCCGGAGACGGAGGAGUCGAUCAAGCUCGUAUGUGCACUCUCGCGGCUUGAGUGGUGGCUCCGACAAUUUACUGGUGUGCCCACUGGUGUGCCCAGCGACCGGGAGGGAUGGCGGAGGCUGGCGAAGGAGACGAAGUCCCUGACGCUCGCAGUGCGUCUUCGCGAAACCUUAUGUGAGGUUUGGAAUAUUGCCGUCGACGCCUGGCGGCACCGCCUGGCGCCCGAGCUGGCGGCCGACAAGACUGUGUCGAACGAUGCUUUCGUCGCCUGCCUACUGGACCUGUCAGUCGCGAACUUGUGGAAGCAACCGGGCCGGCUACAAAGCACACCGGUUUCCGAAAUGGUCGAGGGCGUGAUCGAUGACUGUCUGCUGGCAGAGCAGGCGCCCGACAGCGGGGAGGAAAUGCUGUCGGUGGAAGGACGUGCCAAGGUGGCGGAGCACAUCAUGACGGCGGUCACGACGGCGCUCGGGACGUGGAAGAAGGGCAAGAAGACGCCGGAUCUGCGGCUGCAACGGUGUGAGUGGAAGUGGCUGUUUUUCGCAGGUCUUGUAUAUGAGCACGAAAGUACAGCGAGCAUGAGGGAACUCCUGACACAGGCGGAGUCGGUGGUACCGCGGCCGGCGGAUGUGUCCCCGCAUUGGUACCUAGUGCGUUUGAUUGGCACGGCUAUACAAACCUGCAACCUGCAGAAGUUCUCGGGCAGGUUCUGGAACACGACAAGCAUCUGGGAGUGCCCGGGCACUGUUUUCAGGGCCCACUUUCCGCACGAAUUCCAACAGCUGCCGCGGUCCGCAGAGUCUGCACGGCUGUUGGCCUGCCUCUGCACCACCGCCGGCUGGCUAGCCACCGGGGUCGCCAACAUGCGAGCCAGUCGCCGUAUGUGGACAUCUGUUCACGCCACUCAAGCCGUCCAACUUUUGCGCCAAGUCCUAGGCCAAACGCGCUUCGGCCAACUGGUGAGAAUCUUCAAAGACCAACUCUCUAGCAACAUGGCACCGCCCGACGACCUGCCCGACCACCGCUUCGUGCAGUGCCUCCUCAAAAGCGCAGGCGUCGAAGAAACGGAGGUCAUCCUCUUCUGCAACUCGUGGAAUCACCGGGCCAAAAUGCAACCUCGCAGUAAGCAAACGAAGGUCGUUUCCGGGAUGCGGGGCAUGCGCAAUGAGGACCUGCCCCUAAAAAAGCGGUGCUUCGUUGCAGACUGA